AUGCCAUAUUUAAUAAUGAAGAAGUUUAUUUGUAUUAAAACUGCUUAUGUUGUUCUAUUUGUUUCACCUGAGAUCAUUUAUGGCUACCAAUUGGAAAAAAAUAAACCGAACAAUGAUAAUCAUUUAAACGAUUUUAAUCCAUAUAAUAAUUUAAAAAAUUGGAGUUUUAAUAAAUCAGAAUCAUCAAAUGAAAAGCAAGAUAAUAAUAAGCAAGAUGCCUUUAAUGAUGAAAACCAUGGGGAAUUCGAUUCGAUAAAUAUCGAAUCCUUUGAAAAUGAAGAUAACAGUCAAAAUACGCAAUUCACAUUAUAUAAUAAACCCCAAAAUAAAAAUUACCUUGGUUCGUUAAAAAAUUUUAACCAUGGCACUGAAGAAGCAAAUAAAAAAGUAACUAUAGCUAAAAACUCAUUUAUCCAAACCUUUAAUGCACCAAAAUUUGAUUCUAAUCUUUUUAAUGUAACAGAUAUUAUAUAUGGUACAAAUGUCGAAAAAGAAAAUUUAUCAUUUAUUUACGUGAAACUACGAAUUUUAGAAGAACUUCGAGAUAUAUUACGUAAGUUUUAUAAUGAUAAAUCCAAUGAAUUAAAAGACGUAUUAAAUAAGCACCAUCAAAUAAAUAAUGAAUUAAAUGAAAUAUUUAAAAAGCAUCAAGCCUCAAGAGACAAGGUAAUAACUGAAAUGGCCAAUUUGCAUAAUCCUCUUUAUAAUUUUUAUAAUAACCCUCCAAUGGAUAAUUAUAAAUUAUAUACAUCAUCUCAAAAAAAAUAUGUAAACGACUUAAUUUCAGCACUUAGAAAAGUAGAAUCCCAAAUCGAAAAAACUACUUCAUCUAUGUCAAAUACAUAUAUAAAUUUAACUAAAAAUAAGGCUAAUGAAUUAAAAGACAUUCGUAAAAAAUAUACUGAUGAUGUGAUGAAUUACAAUAAUAAAAUAUUAGGUUUGAUAAAGAAUCGUUCAUUUCUCAAUGACGACAAAACAAUUCCAUUUAUAGAAUUUUUAAUUAAUACUUUAAAAUCUAAAAAUAAAUUACCAAGUAUUCAAAAUAAACUAAAGUUUUUACUAAAUCAAUUUAGGGAUGCUCGAGAAAAAUAUAGCUGGCAUAAGAAUAUAUGUGAAAUAGUUCAUAUAUUUAUGGUUAAAUUUAUAAAAGAUGGAUAUUCAUAUUCAAAUAAUCAAUAUUUUAAUGAUUUAAAAUUGAUAGCAAGCAAACGUGCUAUUCUCAUUUAUAAUGAUAAUCGUUUAAAAUCUUUAGAAGAAUUAUAUAAGUACCUAAAGGAAGUGUUAUUUCAUAUUUUUAAAAUGCUAGGAAGAAUAUUAAUAGACAAUCCUGAUCCACAAAACAAUUUAAUAUUUAAAGAUGAAAUUUAUGAAUUUGAUACCUCCACCCCCAAAUCUAAAUUCACAUCAUUAAAAAAUGAAUUUUUAGAAAUAUUUAAAGUUAACUGGGAAUCUUAUAAUAACAAAGACAUCGAAGGGGGAGGUAGUAUAAAUAAUGAUAUGAUACUAAUUUCAAAUAAUAUGAACAAAUUUAAAAAUUUGAUUGAUUCUAUGGAGUGCUCUCAAAAAAACGAUUUGGAAGAAAAAAACAAUAUUCUUGAUGAAAUACAAAAAAAAUUAGAUAAAAAAACUUAUGACGAAAGAAAAGAAGGAUUUAAGUCUUCUUUAGAAUUGGCAAAAACAUGGGAAAAAAAAAAAGCAGAGAUAUUAACGAAAUUAAAUAAAGAAAAUGAUGAAACUGUUCAAUUGGAAGAACAAAUUAAAAAAUUAUUUAAAAAAUGUUCGGAUAUGAUUGCUGAAAAAAAAUAUAUGAAAGAAUUAACAUUAGAAAUAAACGAAAAAAUUAAAGGCAUAUCUGACAAAAAAGAAUAUAUUAAAAAGGCAAUUGAUUUAGACAAGGAAAUAAAAGAGAAUGUCGGAUAUAUUGAUAAGUUGGCUAAGGAAUCACCAUAUGAAAUUAACAAAUAUAUAGAAAAAAAAGAUACAAUAUGUAACACUAUAAAAUCAGAGUUAAACCAAAUCUACGUAGGUGAUAUUAAUCAACUUUAUAAUGAAUUAUCUUCCAUAAUUAAUGAAAACGUCAUUGAUAAUGCAGGAGACAAAACAAAACUUGAAGCUUUAAAAUCAAAAAUAAAUGAUGAGUAUAACAAAAUCGAAAACAUGAAAAUUCAAAUGGAUGCAUCACAUUUAAAUAUUGUAGAAGAUAACAAAAAUGCGCUUUUAAAUACCAUUUCGGAAACUAAAAAAUACAUAUAUGAUAAGAUGAACAACGAUCUAAAUAAAAUGUUAAACGAUUUUAAAAAUAAAGAAACAAAUUUAUUAAGUAAUAUAAAUGAUUAUUCUAAGCACAGUGAAGAAUUAAAUAAUUAUAAAACCGCUAUUUCAGAAAUCAGAAAUAUAUAUAAUGAUAAAAUUAAUAUAUGCAAUAUACAGGAAGAUGAAACAAGGAAAAUCUAUGAAAAAUCCAAAGAAUGUAUAGCGACACUAUCAGCUAACGAAAAUGAAGUAUUAAAAAAUAUCAAUGAAAUAAAAAAUAUGAAAGACAAAUACUUAGAGAAAGUAAAUAUAUAUAUUAAUUUUGACAAUAUUUAUAAAGAAAAUGUCGACUCAGAACACAAUAAAUUUACUGAAUUAACAGAUAAAAUAAAAGUAGAAGUUUCGGAUGAAGAAUUAAAAAAAUAUGAAAAAAGAUUUAAUGAUAGUAAAUCUUUAAUUAAUGAAACAAAAAAAUCCAUUGAAGAAGAAUAUCAAAAUAUCAAUAUCCUUAAGAAGGCAAAUGAACAUAUAAAAGAAUGUGAAAAUACAACUGAAUUAAUAAAAAAAAUUCGUAAUAAACAUAAUGAGUUAAGUGGAAUUUUAAAUAAAAAUAUUGGAGACCAAAUAAAAGAAUUAGAUGAAGCCAAUUCCAAAAUUGAAAACAUAGAAAAUGGAAAUAAAUUCAAAUCCUAUUUAGAUGAUAUAAAAGCAAAUAAAAAUUUUGAUAAUAUUUCAAAAUCUAUUAAUAAUAUUAAAAAUUCUACUUAUGAAAUCCGAAGCGACCAAAUAGCCAGGUAUGCCAAUAUUAUACAGAAUCUUGCUGGACAAGCUAAAGAAAUUCAAAAUAAUCUAAAUAAAGAUGAAAUAGACGAUAUAAUACAAAAAAUCAUCAAUUAUAAUAAAGAAAUAGAAAUAAAACUACACACCAUUGUAGAUAAUAAAAAUCGCGCUAUAUCAAUAAUUUCUCAUAUUAAAAACACUACUAAUUUAACCGAAUCGGAAUACAAUGCUGCCAUAAAAUAUGAAGGCGAUGCCAAUAGUAUAAUUCUUGAUUUAAAUAAUAGUCAAAAUAUACUUAAUCAUUUAAUAAAUCAAAAUUUAAACAUUAUAAACGAUUUAAGGAAUAGAAGACAACACAUACAAAGUCGUAGUAAUUUAUAUACUAUUAAUAGGGAGCAAGAAAUAACGCAAACAAAACAUUUCAGCAAUACGAAACCUCAUGAUGUUAAUGAUACAAAAAAUAUAAAUAAAAAUCGUCAACAUUCAAGCUCAAAUGGAAAAGGCUCGUCCAAAGAAAGAAAUACAGAAAAUACUGUUAGAUUCGCCGGAGCAAUUGCAAUUGGUUUAGUAGUAUGUUAUGCAGUUACAAAAUUCAAAGAAAAAAAUGAUAAAGAUCAAAUGAAAUUCGAUAAAUCUAUAAGUUUUUAUCAUGACAAUGAAAAUGAAAAUGUGUUUUUUGAAAGAAAAGAAGAAGUUAUAGAAGUAACCAAGAAUGACGAUUUAUGA